GUGUUUCUUAUUUUGUACUCUCGUUCCCAAUUAUAAAUAACAAUUAUUACUAAUUUUCUAUCAAAAUGAAUGCGGAAGAUUACUUCCCAGAAGGAUUGUCAGUUAUACAUCCCGAUGACACUCACGGAGAUGUCCGAUCUGCUAGUGAAGAUGCGACGAAGUUCCCAGUUGCUAUUCAUUGUCACAUUUGCUACGAAAGCAUAAAUAACGAAAUCAACAACGCAGAUUACAUCAAGCCGUGUAAAUGUCAGCUAAUGUUUGUUCAUGCAAAUUGUGCUCUUCGAAAAAAGUCGAAAUUUAAUAGCGCGAAGUGCAGCAGCUGUGGUGGCGAUAGUACCAUUCCUCGCUUGGCAACAUCAACGCAGCUACGAAAAGUUGGCAGUGGUAGUGGAUGUUGCUCCACUUCACCAGGUACCUGCACAAACUGCAAUGACUCAAACUAUUUGGAAGAUGGAGAUGUUCUAGGUUAUAAGCUCAAACCAUGUUUUUGCAGGCAAUUAUUUCACUUUGGAUGUCUACGUUCUCUUAUCGAAGAGCAAGCAUCAUGUUCUGAAUGCAGUGUCAUCUUCAGUGCAUUCAAACCUGCAAACUUCACACAGUUUUUCAAGGCGAACUGGAUUUUCUAUUUUCUCUACGCCUUGUUCCUCGGUGUCUGCUCCACUUCGUUCUUGUUUGCUCUAAGCAACUCCCUGAUUUUCACAAAGGGAAGUGGUACAGAUGACGAUAUCAAUAAAGAGAUAGCACUAAGUCUCCUCUCCGUGUUCUUUUUCGUAAUCAUCGUCUCAACAAUGUUCUGCGUGAUCAAGUACACCAUCUCAAUUGCAAUUCCAAAAUUCAAAAUCACACGAGGAAAAGUAAUUUUGAAGGCGUUCAAGAAUGGAGCUCACCCGAAAACGUCUAAACAAGAGCUGGAGCCUCUACAAUCGUCGGAAUUCGAGAAUAUCCCUCUGAAUGAUCUCAGAAAAUCUUCUGCAGGAGAUACGGUUGGAUUAGUAGAAGAAGCACGUUGCGAAGUAGAUGAUAUCACUUUGGGACAGCACAUGUUUGGAGUUUACGCAACACACCACUCCUCAUCAACACCAAUCGAAAAACCCCCACUGGGAUUCGUUUUCAACUAAGCGAAGAAUUAAUAUUAAUACAAAUUUGUCAAAUAGGAAUCAACUCGUUUUGUGAAGGAAUCGAAACUUUUAUUAACUAAUCUCGUUGCCUGUUGUAUGGAAUUAUUUCUCAGUAAAGUGGUAUUUUAAAAUU